AUGCUCACCGGAUCCAUCUUCUCCUUCGCCACCGUGGGCGGCACCUUCUUCUUCAUUUUCCUCAUUGUAAACCUCUUUUUCUUCCGACUCAUACAUCUGGUUCCCACUGAGCCACCUGAACCUCCCGGUGCUGGUUGCCGUUCCACAGAUGCCCUCUUUGUGCCCUGGAUCACAAGUCUACUCUUCGGUUUGCUCGAGGUCUCCUCUGCGGCCCGCUACCUCAUUGCAUGGUUGGCCUGGCUACAACCCCUCAUUAUUCUGCCUCUCCUGCCCAUCGGCUUUGUCCUAUUCAUCUACUCCACAGCCUUUGUCAUCCAGCUGUAUCUCCUACGCGGCUGGCUAUCAACCCAGCUGUCCACUCUUUGGCGGCGGCGUAGUCGCCACCAGUCCGGCGGCGAUCACUUCGAAUGUCCGCUGAGGCCACCCUCAGCACAACUGUUGCGUCGCCUCGUUGCCGCCUGUUGGGACGUGCAUGGUCGCAUCUUUCACGGAUACGAGUUGCACGGACUGGAGAAACUGCCCAAGGUCGGACCCGCCUUCCUUGUCUACUAUCAUGGCACGUUGCCGUUGGAUGCCUACUAUAUAAUGGCACGUCAUGUUAUCAAGCGCAAUCGGUAAGUGUUGCCCUUUCGCUGUCCGACUUUGUCGAACAUUUUCGUACGCCUGGUAGGCAGUCGGUUACGGCGUCGUCCAGGAUGGUUCUUCGCUGUGUCGUCCGGGUGUGCGCCCCAUCCUACUCAAUUUUUGGAGAGCGGCUGGGGGAUAUUCUGCUUUGCUUCAAUGGCGGUAUCUCUAUCAUUCGGCAGGUAUAACCACAUGGAAUGUGUACUCGGAAAACCAAAGGCUGCUGUCGCCAAGUGAAUAUGCGAAAUGCGGUGGUGGCCGCACAUAUCAAAGCAAUUUCCUCCUAUGGAUAGGACUGUUGAUAAUUAAGUAUUGAUGGAAAACCGGCUUCACAGGGGUCUAAUAAUGGCAAAACAGAGAAACGAGGCGUGUCUGAUGCGAAACGGGAGGAAAUAAUGCUUCGUGUCUGUUUGGAAAAUUCUCUCUUUUUCCACAUUAGGGUUUUUAAGAUUUUCUCCAAAAUUGGUUUCUGAUCUUAGAGUAAAUUCAUCCCUGCCUUAUCGAAGAAGCUAACCCCUGCUGGGAUCAGUCUUCAACUCAUUCCUCUUAUCUGCUCUGGAUUAGACUUCACGCCAUCGAUAUGCUGUUCAUUGCAGAUUAAGAGGGAGUCACCGCGACCUCAUCGCUGCUUGAUGUACCAUCACGAAAAGCUGAAAUUCAAACGAUUUCAGUUGAAUAGGCAGUUUCAUGUGAAUGUUGACCGACUUCGGGAAGCUUAUAAACAUAUGCGACAAAAUGACCUACUUCCGCAUCAGGCUGUCCUCGUCGACCCAUUCUCCCAAUCCAUGCUGGAUUUGCCAUCCGGUGGAAUUUUCGUAGCUUUUUUUUCCAAUAGCCGUGCGGCCUUUGCACCAAGUACUCAUCGCUGCCAGAUAGCGUCUGAUGGCUCAUUGGUGUGAGGUCACGCAAAGACGGGAGACUACCGCGUGCUGUCGGCGACAUUAUUCGUUUAUUGCCCGUUGCUAUUUCAUCGACUGCAAGGCCUCUCGAGUGGGGCUUCAAGUUCAAAACCGAAAUGACCAUAUUUCAUCCUGUGGACGCCGCUCCCAUAUGACUGAACACUUUUGAUGGCCUUGCGGCUCAACUGGUAGUGUUUGACUCAACUUCUAGAUGACCGGCUGACGGGCUCUGAAACCCGGAUCAACCACGAUUUAUUUUUGGCGCGCGAGGAGUGAGCCAACAUCGUCAUUUCAACCUUCCUCAUCUCCGCUGAAAAAAAUUCUGGAGUACUGAUUACUCCCUGCUAUGCCACUACAUGCAAGUUCUCUUGUCUGGGUUUCCAAGGCGAGACGAAAGUGUCCAUAUUCGGUCCCGCAAUUAAGAUAUACACUGCAGAUUGAUGUAACAGACUCUCUGCCUGUAGGCUCACCUAAAACGGGUCACUUGCCAGAUGCGCUGGACCAUCAGGACGGCUAGAUCGAAUUCCGUCAGGCGUUAUCGGGAACGCCCACCCAUACCAAAUGCAAACAUUGGUGUUUAGUGGCACGCCCAUGGGUCGACUCACGCCGCACUCAUCGGGAUCCGUGCCGCCCCCUUUUUUGUUGCGGUAUACAAUCCUGGCCAGUGUCCGUUGUGAACCAGGGGUGUGGUGGUACGCCUGGGUGUGGUUCCUCGUCUUGUCAGCCACCUCGCCCCCUCCCGCCUCCGGUUUCCUUUGACCUGAUCAUGACACCGGAUGCAGGUGUGGGGGGGAGGAGGAGAGAGUGCCGUAGAUACUGCGCUAGCCCACUAUCACUACAAACUAAUAUAUGCGCAAGUCACCGUCCAUGUGCUCAUAUUGCUGUGGAGUCCACGAUGGAUUUAUUCGAAACCGACGGUCGAACUGUUGUAAACUCGCAUUCAUUUUCGUGUGUUCCUGUUAUGUCUUUAAUGCUUCACAUCAGUCUCGUUAACGUACCUCCCGGAGUGACUUUCGUUUUCUUAAUUUUUAGUCACCCUGUCCCCGUAGUGGACCGCUUCCUCUUUCGUCUGCCGGGUCUGCAUCCUCUCCUAAAACUGUUUGGUGCUUUUGAGGGAUCCGUUGAGGAUUGUGUUCGCGUUCUACGGCCCGACAUGCCCUCCAACUCAAGUACCUGUCACAGUACCCACUUAAUAUUUCUUCACAGACUGCUGUUUUACCACUAGUAGACAAUUUCCGUUAAUAACGUUUAAUAAUGUGUACAAUUGAUAGCUGUAGUUAAUAUAUCAUAAACCGCAUAAAAGUAUAACACGAGACUAGCCAUUCGCAUCUUCGCCAUACGGCUGCUGAAAUGUCGGAGGAAUACACGUGUGGUGUGUUUAUGGUGCAUGUGGUGUUUAUGUUGGAUCUCCUAAUAGAACCACGAGCCCUUGGCUCGAUGGUCAAACCGCUGAACUAAUAACCAAAAUAUCAUGUAAUCGAGUCUCAGGUGCCAUCCCAGUCUCCCUUGUCUGUGUCGGUAAUGUCCUCCUGCCUACAGUACUAGUUAUUGAGCGACUGCUGGCGGGGCUCGAGAUGGGGCCCCAAGUCACAACGGGACGAGCGAGUCCCGUAACGUGAUCGCAUGUUUUCGUCAGGUACAAACCUGUUCGAACACCUUUUCAUCCGUCGCCACGUGAUCCUAGAACCACUGCCGGGAGUCAUAACCAAUACACAUAAUGUUCCUUUUACUCACUCAUGCUGUUACCGAACCUCUGCAUAGUGGGGGUCCAUACAGUCAUUCCAGAGUGCAAUACGACAAUGACUAAGCCCUUCCAUAACUCGUAGGACAGGCAUGCCCUGGUGUUUCCCAACGUCGGUGGGGUCGGGCGGCGCCUCGCAGGUUUGGAUACUUCAUAUGGCUCGCUUUAGACGGAGACCUCAUCGCUAGCACUUGUCUUAUUCUACCAUUCGAACGCGAUACUGAGUUAGGUGGAAGCUACGCAAGUCGACACCGCGCUCUCGGGAUGAGUCGCGGACUUUGUCGCUUGUGACGACCAAAUGACUUGUGGAAAAAUCUUACAUUAGUCUAUACGUAGUGACGUACUGUUUUUGGCAUUGAUUACUUGCGUUAUUUCUGUGCGAAUACGAGCACAAUUAUUCGGCUGCUUUUCUUCCUAAGGGUGGUCUUCAUUUAGAAUUACUAGGACGUAAUACUAGAUCUCCUGUAGUAGUUAUUAAGCUCGUCGAAAGGCGUGUCUGGUCAUACUUUUUGAAAAUUUACGACAUGCUAAACUGCCAGCCUUACUGUAAUAUUGUGUGAUUUUCAUGAUGAUCUUCUAUACGGAAUUAUGCAACAACCUAAAAGUUCUUUUCAAGGGGGUUGUGCUCCAAUAGAGUUUUUUUGGAGGGAACUACAUAAGCACAGGUUAUGUGGGAAGACUAAAUGGAAAGGAAAAUAUCAGUGGCGAGUUAUUCCAAUUACUCAAAAAGCAAGUGUUGAGAAAGCGUAAUUGCGCGCGAAAUAAUCACAGAACGGAUUUUCUCUAUUAUUUGUGGUAAGUAGAUAUCUCGCUACAUGUGCAUCUUAUAGUAAAAUCGUGCAUAGUUGCAGCAUGAUUCGAAAUAUUCCGAUUAGUUAGCAGCAUAUCGUUGGGUAUCGUUUAAUUCAGCAUCAUGCACCGGGGGACCCAUAUUACAACUAAAAUCAUGUUACCUUUCUAACUUGGCGAGCGAAAUUAUACUACUUCUCCAAUAAAAAAUUUGCAGGUUAGCUACGUCCUUGUUCCAUCAGUUGCUCAUUCAUUCUCAAUCACCGUCCAAAUUUUCAACCUACUAGGCGUUGACUUGGACGAGGAGAGUGAUUCGGUGUGUGAUUCAAAAUCUGCAAUUUCUGUGAACAGAGGUGAGGUCCUUUUGAUUUCCCCGGGUGGUGUCAGGGAGGCACUUUUCGCCGAUGAAUACUACUCACUGGUAUGGGGCAAACGUCGGGGAUUUGCCCGCGUGGCUAUUUUGGCUAAUCAGGUAGAUUCGGCAUCCGGUAAUGAAUGAUUUGCUUUCAUGUUGCCCUGUUGAUUCCCCUUUUGGUGGUGUCCGAGAUCCCUUCUUUCCUACCAUUAAAGCAUUUGAGCUUUAAAACCAACUAGUAGGUGGUGUUUAGUGGCAUAUACGUUCUCCCUGAGGUGUCCCUUUUUCUUUCCUGUUUUUAGCCUAUAUAUCCGGUUUUUACAGAAAAUGUACGUGAAGCCAUUCGCGUUGUCCAAUUUGGCAAACGUAAGUUUCUACCCUUUUGCCCUACAUGCUUAUUCAGUUUUGCAACCUGCGCCUAAACCGUUUCAGUGGAACAUUUAGUGGCCAGAUGCUGAGUUAACCUUACCACUGAAUGUGCAGGAGGGAAGCCCUGGGGGGUAUAGUAUAUUUAGGGUAAUAGGCAAUGCCCUUGAUAACCCUAUUGACAAUGGUGCACACAAUGUUAAUGUUAAAUGCACACCUUACUAAAAUGUUGUCAGUAACACAUUUUUACGGUGUGGAACUGCGAAGGGUGCGGCAGACGGUCCUUUCCAUGUACGCAUUAAAUUUUAAGUGCAAUUAUAUACAAUCAGCCUGGGCUGUAGCAGCUUGCUGCCCAGGCGGUUGUCACCCCUCUCGAGCGGUUGUCGCCUCCCGCGAGACUUUCGGCCUCGUCUGACUAGGAAGAGUAUAACCGGGUUCCACUAAAUGCGCCGCGACCUGAAAGUUUUCGUCAUUCCUUCCUGCUGUUGCCCCGCGUUCGGCUAUCCGUGUCCGAAGUAAUUUUCCACUGCCUCCACUUUGCCGACAACUUCAGACGUUUACUGCUGUCGCAGUAAGUCCUUCGGCCUCAUUACUUGACGCCUGUUUGUUGCCUCCGGUCUGUGUACAGCCCCAACUCUUGAUGGUAUGAGAGGGCGGCUGACGGCUCUCCAGACAUUGUUGACAUGUGGCAGCUCUUGCCAAGAUUUGGAGCCUGUGUGCUGCGGCUGCCUGUCUCAUUUAUCAGUGCCUUGACUGGCGACAUGCCACGGGUAGCCAUUGGCUCGGGGAUCCCAUCGAAGUUAUCAUACUUCAGUGCCUGUGGUUCCAGUUCGCUGUAUUGCAUCUCAGAAAAUUGAUAGAGGGCCUAUAAGUAACUGUGUUGUUGCUGUUGAAACCAAGCACUUGCGUCGUAUUUGGCGCUUUCCUGAGCGUUUUGGUUUUUAAGCCACCUAUAGUUCCACAGACGCGGACGACGAGGUUCAUAGCUGUCCCCACGGGGCGUACCCUGUCGUGAAUUGCACAUGAACAUGUUUACAUAGUGAGGCAGCUCAGGCUGUAUCUACCUCCCUCCCUUCUGACUCUCACUUUAUAUGUACCAGACUUUUUUCAAAUUGGAGUCCGGAGUAUAACCGAGUUAACAGGUUGACUGACAACCUAAGCCGCGACUGACAGCGCGUCAUGCUAUGUUCAUACCCAUAAGAUUAAUUGUAAUGAGGAAUGCCCUGACCUGCUUUAGGAAGGGGGGGGAAUACUUCGAUAUAGGCCUGACUCCCUCUUCCGUAACUCAGCCGACAUUCGGAACUUGUCGAUCUACCGGUGACGUGAUUGGAAAAACUAGGCGCCCUGACGUAGAAGCCGCCUUCUAAGGCGUCUCACACGCAUGCACGACUAUGGUUAAGGACUCGUACAGACUCGACGCAGCUCAUGUUUUGGGGUGGUCUGUGUGUGUCCGUCGAGUGAUGUUCUGUGGUUUGGUCCCCACAACGGGCUGUUCUGUAGAAGAACUGAACCAAAACGGAGGUCAGGGUGGCUUGGCCCAUGCGUUCUUGGGCCGUGCUGUGCCUGCGCGUGAGCCCAUAACUACUGCUAUCCACGCGAAUGUGCCUCGCAUUAGACCCAGGCCUUCACACCUACUGCGCCCUAAUGCCACCGUCAGCCGUUUGACAGCCUUGGGCAGGGAAGAAAGAGGCCGACGCUGGAGAAACCAUCAUUCGCUUCAACUCCACGCAUCCUUCACUAUAAUUAAUCUGACGCGCCUAAAUAUGCGGUAGAUAGACAGUAUACAGUAUGGUGGGGGUCGCUCACCGAUCAUUCUUAUGGAACUCACUCGUUCCGCUGUGCCUUACGGGCCCUCUCUCGAGCCCAACCAUCAGCCGCACAGCGGCGCAUGAUAUAAGCAGAAUGGUAUUACUGGCAAAAACAAGGGAGACUUGAAUGGCCAUUUCUGGGUUAUUAGCCGUCGUCAGCCAGUCAUACCCAACCCCUAAGUGUGGGCUACCCGAGGCUCGAACUCGCGACCUGUUAGUUAGAAGUCCACGCUAUGGUGAGCGUCCCCUACCAUUGUACAUUUCCGAUCGAAACCGACGGGGCAACGGGCUCGUGGCCCCGUGGUUAGAAGCGUGGAUUUCUAACUAACAGGUCGCGAGUUCGAGCCUCGGCUAAUAAGCCAGAAAUGGCCAUUCCAAUCGCCCUUGUCUUCGUCGAUAAUAACAUACUGCUUAGUAUGCAGGAUGCAUAGUAGAGGUAAAGUAAUAGUGAAGUUCUAAUAUUAAGGAUCUUACAACGUCAGGAUGUCGGCUUUCGAACGAACUUCGUUCCGGUCGCUUGCAAAAAAUCACACUGUAAAAGGUGACUUCUUAUAUAGUAUGGAUUGUUAGUCUUGAUUUUUGAGGCACUAAUAUAUUCAGAUGUUCUUUGUAGAAAACAUGCACAUAAAUUUUCCGUUUUCUGCUCAUUUGGUAGCGACUCACGACUUCCUUAAAUUUUAUACCUAUAGGAACAGUAUAAUUCCCUUUUAAAACUUACUUCCCUAAUAAUUUCGGAUCCACCCCGCCGUCACAUUUUCAUUCAGGGUUUUUAAUCUUCAAGUUGCACAUUUUCUAUGUAAGGAAAAUCAUACACUUCUGUACGUUAUUAAGAAGAUACCAUGUUGAGCUCGUAAAAUUUAGGAAUUGAUUUGAAUCAUAUUGUAUACUUUACAAGGAACACUAAUGAAUGUAAAGAUAUGAUCUUCUAUGAAUGGUCGUUUCGUGGUCUUCAAACUCUCUUAAUUAAUAAGUUUUAAAACCAGAAGCUAGUCAUUCUUACUGUAAAAAGUUUAAUGAAAAAAAUAAUUUGCUGCCAAAUGAGUAGAAUAGUUAGUAUUUUGAGCAUGUUUUCUACGAACUAUAUUUGGCCUUCUGAGUGCAUCGAAAAUAUGUAAGUAAUCAUUUUACACGAAUUUUAGUUUAUGCGGACAGCCAAAAAGAAGCUUGACCAAAAGCCAACAUCCAACGUGACUGCUCCGUGGUUAUAGGUCUUACGACCCUGCGUAAAUAAUCUUUUCCAGUCGAGAAGGCGUUUCUAAUUUUCGGUUAACAUUUCAUGAGAUCUCAUGACGUGCAGUGUCGUGGCCUAGAAGGUCGUCGACUGAGGAGAUUAUUCAGUCCUCUCUAAAACUGCCAGUCAGACGACAGCGGCUCCUUUUCAGUGUGGUCUUUAUGGCACUUUCGCUGAUGUGAGGUCGGAGGCGUCCACAUGCACAUGUUAUGGAAGCAGGCCGUUUAGCUGUUUCAGUCACUGCACGCUAGACCAUCACCGGUCGCCUUGAUUUUGUCCUGCCAUCGAGGGCCGAUAGAUGAGGAAGUGCGGUAGAUGCUGCGAAAGUCCCCCUCAUUGAAAACUAAUUCGCUCGAUGCCGCAUCCACUUCGCGGUACUCGCAGUGGACGUUGUCGAUUCCAACGCCUGAACCGUUUGUCAGUAGAUGGUGUAGGGGACGUCUGAGGUGUGGUGUUUACUGUAGACUUUCAUGUUUGCGUAUGCGUCUGAAUGUGCGCACACAGUCAGAUACUGUGUGCUCACAGUGUGUGCGUAAAGUGAAGGCGUGCACUACGGGUUUAGAGAUGAGCUCCGGACACUGGGUUCUUCAGUUAUGGUGUGAUGGUUUCGCAGAUGACCAGCCAAACCAACGCGUGAUCUAAAUGUGUGUUUGCACCAUAAACGAGUUGGACCACGUGUUGAUGGUUAUUGCAACGGUGGUGGCGGUCAUGGUUGGACUGGUCGCAGUUGUGCUUUGUGUUGAGACAACAUCCCCAUUGUUAUCGAAUGGAGGAUUCCCGACGACAGAGAACCGGGACCAAGGCGUACUUUUGUAGCUACAAGAGUUGGAGGAGGUGACCUCCGUGACGUUGCCGAUGGUAGUGACGUUUUGCUUUGUUUAAAUGUUGUCAUGACUGUGGAUAUGGAGACGUGCGGCAUAUUCUACUUCUGCCCUGAAUAUCAGUUACCAUUGUUGGCACGACCGCAGAGGUUGGGCGGUUGAAACAUUAAUAUUUAGCAUUCUUCUGAGAUAGCCGAGCUGAAAAUGACUGAGUUAUCUAUCUUAGCCCUUGUAAACCGUUCUUGUCUCUGUCCCGCACAGUAUGUCGUCAGUUUCGCGUUCAGGUAGGGCUCACAGCGGUUUUUUAAAGUUGUGCUCCCACCGAUUUCAGGCGCGUUUCGUCAAUAUUAAACUCCGAACAGCUGUGCUCAUCAGGUAGCAGCGGUUGAUACAUGACUACCGUCUUCGUGUUACCGCUACAUCCAAAGUUUAUACAGCCAAAGACAAGGAGGUCGACUCCCCGCUUCAUCUCCAACUCCGUUGUGGUGUUUAACGUGCAGUGAUUCGCUUAUAGAAGGUAGUGAGCACUGUCCUUGCGAAUCCUUAUACUACCUGCUUGCGUUGGGCGUUGAGUAGUAGUUUUUGUCGGUUCCACGAGUACGCAACCCUGCUUCAUUCCGAAUGCUUUUGAGACUGCUCCACCGUCUCUAAUGCGCGCUAUGAUUAUCAUGUCUCCAAAUUCCAUUACAAUGGAUUAUGUUGAAGACCUUGUCUGAUCUGCGAGUCCUACGCAGAGAGUGGUCAGCAUUCAUGUUCAUUUACUUUAUAUUUAACGGGCAGCGAAGAUCAUUACGAUGGUACCGCUUUCCUUUUACACUCUACUCUGGCCUGUAGGGACGUCUUUGCUUCAGGUUUAGGUUCGGACGAUUGAGUAGGACUCCGGGUCGAUGAUUUUGCCUUAAGUGUUGAGCAGAGUUAUCGGUUCCUCUUGCCCCUGGUCUAAUGGUCAAUUGUGGCAUCCGUUAAGUUCUGGAACAGUUGUCCUUGUCUCCACACCGGGAUGAGUUUGUCAAUGAACCGAUAGCCGCCGUAUUUGUAGAUUUCAUGUGAAAUUGAACCGGUCCCCGUGUCUUACUGCUAGACGUUUGUUGUACGGCGUUGAAGUGCCCUUGAAACGGGUGUAGCGAUCAUUUAUUUCUGACAGAUGAUUCGGUAGUAGAGUGAGAAGUGUGGUAUUGGGGGAUUCAACAUGUAAAACGUUGGCGUGUCCACAUUCUUAUUUUUGGAGUGGGCCGGUCACAAACCUGACAGUGUGAAGCACACUUGUUCACUCUUGGUUUCUUUCUACAAGGAGCUGCCACAGACUGGUUGAGGCUCCGCGGAUGAGCCGCACUCUGCCUGCCGUCAUCGAGGGUGCCGUGCAGGAUGACUUCUAUGUUAGUUUUCGGACUGUCCUCAAGGCUCAACACAGGAGACCAGCUCAGACUUUUCGGUGGCCUGUACACUUUUUCACAGAUUAUUCGGUUAAGUCAAUGCUUUGUCUUCCGCGUCGUUGGACCGUCAUUUAUGGAAAGAACGUAGGAAAGACGUUCUCAACAGUCACGAGAUAGAUUUAUUGGGGGGAGGGGGGAAAAAGGCGAACUGACAAGUGAAGGACGAUCCUCUCACGUUUUUCGCACAGGAUGAAACCUUCUUGACGAUCAGUCUUAAGCUGAAAUUGUUCCAUCCCCCCCCCUCUCCUCUUCAGGUUGGUGGCUUAAAUUGUACGAAUGGACUCGGUUGCCUUUUGCCAUAUUUUAUGGCUAUUUUCCGGUCAAAUUAAGGUGAGUCUUUUUGCCUGAAAAAUGAUUUAAUACCCUCCUCCUAGAACUUAUAUUGGAGACCCUAUUUAUCCCCUGGAGUCGGAGACAGAUGAAGAGUUGGCCGAUCGCGUACGCUAAUACAUUUUAUCCUAUUUAACCGGCCUGUUGAUAUCUUAUUAAGUAGACAGGUUUAAGUAAAUGUAUUUUUAAAUUUAGGUGAGAAAGGCAAUCGAGGAAAUGAUCAGGCGUCAUCAGUGGACGCCGGGCAACUUGUUGGUGGCCCUUCUGCAGCGAAUUCCUGUUUUUGACCGGUGGGUGCAACGACGAAAUGCCAAGGCUUGUCAUCAACAUGCAGGCUGA